AUGUCCUACAAUAUAGCAAUGGUGUCUGAUUUCUUUUACCCACAAAUGGGUGGUGUGGAACUUCAUAUUUACCAUCUUUCGCAGCAACUUAUACAGUUGGGCUACUCAGUCGUUAUCAUCACUCACGAUUACAAGUCGAGAAUUGGUAUACGAUAUCUAACCAAUGGACUAAAAGUAUAUUAUGUUCCAUUUUUCAUUUUGUUUCGAGAAUCGACUUUUCCAACUGUUUUCAGUGCUUUUCCAAUCUUGCGAAACAUAUUCAUAAGAGAAAACAUCAACUUGGUUCAUGGCCAUGGUUCAUUAAGCUCCUUGUGUCAUGAAGCCAUUUUUCACGCAAGAACAAUGGGGAUUAAAGCUGUUUUCACCGACCAUUCAUUGUUUGGUUUUGCUGAUAUUGGUUCAAUUUUAGCUAAUAAAGCCUUGAAAUUCACUUUAAAGGAUAUCAACAGAGUGAUUUGUGUGUCUCAUACUUGUAAGGAAAAUACUGUACUAAGAGCCUCAAUCAAUCCUAAUAUAGUUUAUGUUAUUCCCAACGCUGUAAUAUCACAAGAUUUUAGACCUGAUUUAUCGAAAAUGAACCGAAAAUUAAAGCAAAAUAUUAAAAAAAUGACAAAUACUAUUAAUAAUAAUAGCGCUGAUUUAUUAGUUAAAAUUAUCCCAAUUAUAUGCUCAAAAAAUUCAAAAGUUCGGUUUUUAAUAGCAGGCGAUGGCCCAAAAUUUAUUGAUUUAGUUCAAAUGAUUGAAAUGAAUAGACUACAGGAAAGAGUGGAGUUAAUUGGCGAGAUUCGUCAUGAACAAGUUAGAGAUGUUAUGUGUAAAGGAGAUAUUUAUCUUCACGCUUCCUUAACUGAAGCAUUUGGUACUGUAUUAGUUGAGGCUGCAUCAUGCAAUUUGCUAGUAGUGACAACAAGAGUUGGCGGUAUUCCGGAAGUUUUACCCAAUUAUAUGACAGUUUUUGCUAAUCCCUCGGUAAAUUCAUUAGUUGAAAACUGUUUAAUUGCUAUUGAAAUGAUUGAUUUAAAAAAAAUUGAUACAUCGGUAUUUCAUGAUGAAAUCAAGAAAAUGUAUGAUUGGAUAGAUGUCGCAAGAAGAACUGAGUUGGUUUAUAAUUCAAUUCGAGAGGAUGAAGUCAAAAAACCUUUAUAUAUAAAAUUUCAAAUCUUUUAUAACUCAGGUUUAUGGGCAGGUAAAUUAUAUCUUUUAUGUGUUGUUGUUGACAUUUUUAUUUUAUUUUUCUUAAAUGUUUUUUAUCCAGUGCAAAAUAUUGAUAGAGUUCGAAAAUGGCCCAAAAAAAAAGUCUAUACAUUAAAAUAUCAUCAUUUAUCAUCACCUGAAUCGGAAUAA